AUGUUGGUACCAAUGUACAUUUCUCCUCUCCUGCCUAUACUAACCACCUUUUGGCAGGCGCAUUACUAUAAAUAUAUCCUCGUCCACCAGCGAUGACUCGGAUCUCCUGAACCUCGAGAUAUUCCCUGAUACUACUGUCAGCACUCUAAAAGAUUCCGUACACGUCGAGCAGAAAAUUCCGCCAGCUUCCCAACACAUAUAUCAUAAUGGUCAACUACUCACGGAUGAUGCCAAAACAAUGGAGCAACUGCAGGUUGUUGAUGGAGAUAUGUUGGCGCUGCACGUCCGCACUCAACCCACCCCCCGGCCUCAGCAAGCACGCCAGCAAGCACCUCAGCGCAAUGCAGGUCCAGACCCAGAAACUAUUCGACUACAACUUCUAGGGAACCCUCGCGCAAGACAGCAAGCGGCGGCUCAAAGUCCCGAGCUGGUGGCAGCAUUGGAAAAUCCCGAGAGAUUCGCUCAAGUUCUCCGCCAAUUGCAGGAUAAGGAGCGUCAGGAUGCAGAAGAACGACGACGUUAUAUUGAGAGCUUAAACGCCGAUCCAUUCGAUAUCGAUGCUCAGACAAAGAUUGCCGAAAUGAUCCGGGAGGAACGUGUUCAAGAGAAUUUACAAAAUGCCAUGGAGCAUAAUCCUGAGGGUACGUGAUGUGGCUCGCUAAUGUUUUCAAUGCUGACUACAAACUAGUCUUCGGCAAUGUCCAGAUGCUUUACAUUGAUGUGGAAGUCAAUGGCCAUAAGGUAAAGGCUUUUGUCGAUUCCGGGGCACAAGCAACAAUUAUGUCUCCAUCGUGUGCAGAGACCUGCGGUAUUAUGCGUUUGGUAGAUAAACGCUUUGCUGGUAUUGCCAAAGGAGUUGGAACAGCUGCCAUUCUCGGACGAGUACAUUCCGCACAGAUCAAGAUUGGUACUCUAUAUCUACCUUGCAGUUUUACAGUCAUGGAAGGCAAAGACGUUGAUUUGCUUUUGGGGUUGGAUAUGCUCAAACGCCACCAAGCUUGUAUAGAUUUGACAAAAGACAAGCUUGUUAUCCAAGGUAUCGAGGUUCCUUUUCUUGGAGAAGCCGAUAUUCCAAAGAAUGUCGAAGAAGUCAGAUCCGAUGAACCAAAGGUGCCAGGUCCAGGUGGAACUGCAAUUGGAGCUCGGUCAGGCGCCAUUACCGGGCCAUCUGAACAAACAGCUCCUUCGGGAAGCGCGUCAGGCCCAUCAUCAUCACAACCGCAAUCACAACAGCCCUCUUUCUCUGCCGAGAAAAUCGAUCAACUUGUCGCCUUGGGGUUCUCGAAAGAGGCAUCUAUCAAUGCUCUUGCCGCUUGUGGGGGCAACGUAGAAUAUGCUGCCGGUCUGUUGUAUGAAGGUUAAUAGGUCAGGCAUAGCAGAGAAAGGAUGGGGCAUCUGGGGCCAUAUCAUGACAUGAGGAAACUUGUGACUGUUUUAGCGUCACCAUUUCCAGGAAGAAUAAUGUGAGCUGGAGUUCCCCAUCUCCUUUUCUUCCGACUUCCAGAUACGUGCAGAAGAUCUAUCCGAACCGAUCUUGGGGCAGUUUGGUAUUUGCUUGGUGACAUUUUUCAUAUGGCUAGCUAGGCGUACGGCAGACUAGGAUGGGAAGGUGGGCAUUAUGGAUGGAUGGGGGGCUUGGCUUGGGCUUCAGGUAAAAGGCCACCCACCCUUUGGGUGUGUAGGUAGAUAUUGAAUCAAAAUUAUU